GAUGCUAGUCUGCUCAGAUCCCCUAUAGUUUGACUGCCCGGCCCGAGCUCCCGCUUCCCGGACAGCGGUCGGGACGUAGUAGGACCCCGGUACCCGUGCACUGGGUGUUCCGUGGCUUUGGAUGCCUGCUCUACCUCUUACGUCCGCCUCCUCCUGCGUGCCUGGUGGUUGACCUCACUGCCCACCCGCCGCAGGCCAUCCUUGGACCCCCUCCCUCCUUGGGCUGCCUCAUACCUCCCAACAAGGAGAUUCUCUCAUCGCCCCUGGGUGCAGAUGUGGAGACCAAGGCACAAAAGGAGGCUAACUUGCUCGGGGGUCAUUGAAUUCGUAGAUUAGCAGAGCUAGGAUGGGAGCCGGCCAACCCCCAGCCACUCCGCUGUGCAUCCUGUUAUGGGGGAGUUUUGCACCCAUCUGUGGCGGGCGUUUCGCCCGUGCCUCUUGAUGCCAGCGUGGUCAGCAAGGCCCACACAGCAGGGCAGCAUCCGCUGUCUUUGGACCUAACUCCGUGAAUGAAUGUGUGUGCUGCUGGCUCCUAGCCUCCUUGAAAAGAAAGUCUGGGCCGUUAAGAGACUUGAAGUCUCUAUUUCUGGAACAGUGCAUGUGUCCUCCACCCUCGGGCGUUUGGGUUGUCUCUCCGAGGUGCCCUUUCUUGGGUGAGAAAGCAGAGAUGGCCUGGUUUGAGCUCCCACUUUAUCAGGGGCUCAGGAGGGUUGGUGAUGGGGGAGCAGGCACUACAGAAGACCCGAGUAACACCUGAGAUGACUUGGUGACUGACUGGGUAUUGGACUGAAACCGGUGAGCUUACAGGCCCAGCAGAGGGGUAACCAGACCAAGCCAGAGGCCCCAAGGCAGCCGUCCCCGGCUUCUGAAACUCUCUCUACAGGGGUGGAUCCCUGACCAAGUUGGCAUACUAUUCUACUGUACAGCACAAGGUGGCCAAAGUGAGGUCCUUUGACCACCCAGGAAAGGACGUGGAACAGGACCAUGAGCCACCCUAUGAGAUCUCGGUUCAGGAGGAGAUCACAGCUCGCCUGCAUUUCAUCAAGUUUGAGAAUACCUACAUGGAAGCCUGUCUGGACUUCAUCAGAGACCACCUCGUCAACACCGAGACCAAGGUCAUCCAGGCCACGGGGGGCGGAGCCUACAAGUUCAAGGACCUCAUUGAGGAGAAGCUGCGUCUGAAGGUGGACAAAGAGGAUGUAAUGACCUGCUUGAUUAAGGGGUGCAACUUCGUGCUGAAGAAUAUCCCGCAUGAGGCCUUCAUGUACCAGAAAGAUUCAGACCCAGAGUUUCGAUUUCAGACAAAUCACCCCAACAUCUUCCCCUACCUCCUAGUCAACAUUGGCUCUGGAGUCUCCAUCGUGAAGGUGGAGACGGAGGACCGGUUCGAGUGGAUUGGUGGAAGUUCCAUUGGAGGAGGCACCUUCUGGGGGCUCGGGGCUCUGCUCACCAAAACAAAGAAGUUUGAUGAGCUGCUGCAGCUGGCCUCCAAAGGCCGGCAUGCCAACGUCGACAUGCUGGUACAGGACAUCUAUGGUGGGGCCCACCAGACCCUGGGGCUGAGUGGCAAUCUCAUCGCAAGCAGUUUUGGAAAGUCAGCCACUGCCGACAGAGAGUUCUCCAAAGAAGACAUGGCCAAGAGCCUGCUGCACAUGAUUAGCAAUGACAUUGGACAGCUCGCCUGCCUCUACGCCCGGCUUCACGGCCUGGACAGGGUCUACUUCGGGGGCUUUUUCAUCCGGGGCCACCCCGUGACCAUGCGCACCAUCACCUACAGCAUUAACUUCUUCUCCAAGGGCGAAGUCCAGGCACUCUUCCUGAGACACGAAGGCUACCUGGGAGCCAUCGGUGCAUUUUUAAAAGGAGCCGAGCAAGACAGUCCUAACCAGUACAGCUGGGGAGAGAACUAUGCAGCCAGCUCCGGGCUGAUGAGCACAUCACCCGAGCUGUGCCCGACCCAGCGGGCGAGGAGCGGCACAUUUGACCUCCUGGAGAUGGACCGGCUCGAGAGGCCCCUGGUCAACCUGCCCCUCCUUCUGGACCCAUCCUCCUAUGUGCCUGACACAGUGGACCUCACUGACGAUGCUCUGGCCCGCCAAUACUGGCUCACCUGCUUUGAGGAGGCCCUGGAUGGGGUGGUGAAGCGAGCUGUGGCCAGCCAGCCAGAGUCCGUAGACGCAGCUGAGAGGGCAGAGAAGUUCCGGCAGAAGUAUUGGAGUAAAUUGCAGACGCUGCGGCACCAGCCCUUUGCUUAUGGGACACUGACUGUGCGCAGCCUGUUGGACACGAGAGAGCACUGUUUGAAUGAGUUCAACUUCCCUGAUCCCUACUCCAAGGUGAAGCAGAAGGAAAAUGGCCUCGCCCUAAAGUGCUUCCAGAGUGUGACACGCUCACUGGACUCACUAGGCUGGGAAGAGCGACAGCUGGCCCUGGUGAAGGGGCUGUUAGCUGGGAAUGUUUUCGACUGGGGAGCCAAGGCUGUAUCUGAUGUCCUUGAAUCGGACCCCCAGUUCGGGUUUGAAGAAGCAAAGAGAAAACUGCAAGAACGGCCCUGGCUCGUGGAUUCCUACACCAAGUGGCUCCAGAGGUUAAAGGGGCCCCCUCAUAAAUGUGCCUUAAUUUUCGCAGAUAACAGUGGAAUAGACAUCAUUUUGGGAGUCUUCCCCUUUGUCAGGGAGCUACUCUUUAGAGGGACAGAGGUCAUCUUGGCUUGCAACUCAGGCCCUGCCCUGAACGAUGUGACCUACAGUGAGUCCCUCAUUGUGGCAGAACACAUUGCAGCCAUGGACCCCAUCAUCUGCUCUGCGCUCAGAGAAGACAGGCUGCUGCUGGUGCAGACUGGUUCCAGCUCCCCAUGCCUAGAUCUCAGCCGCCUAGACAAGGGGCUGGCCGUGCUGGUGCGGGAGCGUGGCGCCGACCUGGUAGUCAUCGAGGGAAUGGGCCGCGCCAUCCACACCAACUAUCACGCGUCGCUGUGCUGCGAGAGUCUCAAGCUGGCGGUGGUAAAGAAUGCCUGGCUGGCAGAACGGCUGGGUGGCCAGCUCUUCAGCGUCAUCUUCAAAUACGAGGCUCCCGCCGAGUGAUUGAGACCUCGGCCGCUCUGCCAGACAGACCCGCCUGCCUGCCCCUCGUCAGGGACACGAUUCACCGCGAGGAACCUGUGUCACACUGGAGUACUGACAACGAUGCUUCUGUGACUGACGGCGCGUGCACCAGGGCCACCCAGCCCAGCGUUUGUCCUGUGGGACACUUGUGUUGGAAUGUAUUUAACUGUUAAAUAAUCUUUUAUAUAUAUAUAUAAAUAUACAUAUAUAUAUAAAUAUAUAAAUACACAUGUA